GCUGUAAAACCGCGGUGAGAGGAGAGAGAAAGAGAAAGAGAGAGAGAAGAGAUUUCCGUCGUAAUAAUAAUAAUAAUAAUUCUACAUCUGCAUUUCUUCUUCUUCUUCUUCUCUCAACAAAAUUCGAUUCUUAAUUUCCUAUCGAAGUCAUCCACCCACCCACCGCUUUUCUUUUCCGUAUAAUUGUCUUCUUAAAGAGGGAUUUUAGUUUCAUUUUCUGACGUUCUAGGUCAUAUCUUCCUGCUCGUUGGUGGGUUUAUGAUUAUGGGUUUGGAUGCCGAUUCAAUGGACGAUGGUGAUGGAGGCAAAAGCUCUUAUGUUCCAUGCUCGAUUUGUCUUGAUGAUGUCGCUGAUGAUGGCAAGAGAUCCUGGGCAAAGCUGAGAUGUGGCCAUCAAUUUCAUUUAGAUUGCAUUGGGUCAGCAUUCAAUGUUAAGGGCUCUAUGCAGUGUCCCAAUUGUCGGAAAAUUGAGAAAGGUCAAUGGCUUUAUGCAAAUAACCCUCCUCCGUUUCAUGAUCAGAGCAUGGAUGAUUGGGUCCACGAUGAUGAUUUUUAUGAUCAUGGUUACACCGAAAUGGCUUUUGGAGUUCACUGGUGUCCUCCGGGAGGAUUGACAGGUUUUCCUUCAUCUUAUGAUGAGAGAAUAGAUGUCCCGCCAGAAACAUAUUAUGAUGUUGCACCACAAACAGCAGCCGUAUAUGCUGAGCUUCAAGCAAUGACAGCUUCAUUGACUCAUCAUCCUUGCCCAUACGUAACUUAUCUGCGUCCUCCUCAUCCUUCAUCAUCAAAUCCUGGCAGAAAUAAUGUUCCAGAUACUGUUGGUUUCAAUAAUAGUCAUUGGAGUGGCCCACCACCACCUGUUCACAGUGAGGUGCCCACUUCUUAUGCUUUUCCUUCCAUGGACAUUCAUUACCAGGGCUGGGAACAUCAUUCUUCUUCCCCCUUCCCAAGCAGCAGUAGCAUUAGCCAUGUAGGUGGUGGUUCAGAUCAAUCUUCUAUUGCUUCUUUUUCUGAGAGGGCAACCAGGAAUUUUCAAGAUUUACAAAGACCGCCAUCCUAUACUCAUCCUUUCGUUGUCGGUCACAGCACGGCUAGAGCUGGGACAUCAGUUGCAUCUUCAAUGAUUCCAUCUUACCCCAGCAGUGUCGCUCGGGCUCGAGAUAGAGUUCAAGCACUCCAGGCAUACUCUCAACCGCCCAUCAGUUCACCAUCAUCUGUGCAGGCGAGAUCCGGUAGUUUAAGAGGCUCAUCUCUAGCUGUGCCGCCACCAUCCUCAUCAUCAUCAUCAUCUGAUCAAUCUACUGCUGGAUACUACUACUUUCCAUCGGGCAGAAACUUCCAAACUUUUGCGGAUAAUCAGUUGGCUGAAUUCGAAAGAGAACGUAAUUGGGGGAGUCCACUUUAUCGGUCAGGACCAGAUCUUGAUGCGAUGAGGUCUAAUGGCUUUCAUCAUAGACAUGGGUCUUAGCCCUUGUUUAUUCUAAAAUCUUUUUUAUCUGAAGAAAAAGAGAACUUUUUUCACAUUGUGUGGGGCCAAGAUAUGUAGAAUGGGCUUAUUUGUGGCCUGUUAUACACUUGGCAAACACAAAAACACUGCAGUGGGUGGCGUUUAAUUAUCAUAUUUGGAUUGUCUGCGUGUUUGUGUGCUUGAUUCUGGCCGAAAUCUCUCUAGUUGAAUGCGAACUUUAAAUAAGAAGUAAGAGAUGGCCUAUUUUGUUGCUAAAAGACAGACAAUUGUGUUCCUCCCCCCCCUCCCAAGGUCUUGUUUUAAGGUAAAAACAUGAGAGAACAUUAUGUCCUUGGUCAUUCUGCUCGAAAUUGGCUGGUAAUGUUGAUUGGUUGGUUGGUCUGACUGUAAAUACAUUAUUAUUAUGUUGGUUAUUUGUUUUCUUAUUGGCAUGC